CACUCGGCCGGAGCAGAAAAAGACUACACACACACACACACACACACACAGGCUCACACCAAGUGUUUAUCUCCGCUUCAUCUCUGAUACACACCGACACACGUUAAUGAUGGGCGGAUAAGCAGCUCCGUGAGACUGAGCUCCGCUUUUUUUAAAUUGCUUUUCACGAGUGCCUCGGCAGCAUCCCGCGCCCUCCGCUUGGCUUGAGAUGGGAUGAUAUGGGAUUUUUCAUGUCGACGAAGAUCGGAGGGAUACUCGCGUUUGCCCUGGUAUUUCUGUCCCUGAUGGUGUCAGGAGACUUGGAUGCUGACGCUAAGUGUGAGAACAUUUAUAAGGACUUUUCUGAUUGUGUCCUGGAGCUGGGAGACAGCAUGGAUAACUAUCAGGAGAACGUGACGAGCGAGACAGGAGUGGCAGCCGUGUGCAGCCACUGGGAAGCUUUCCACACGUGUGUCCUCACAGCGCUGUCCGACUGUCAGGAGGAGGUGAGCUCCAUCUGGGAGACUCUGAGGCAGGACUCCACCAAGAUGCGCUUCCAGGGAAGUCUGUUCGACCUGUGCAGCCCCAGCUCCUCGCCCAGCAUCAGCUCGCCUCUGGCGGCCCUCACACUGCCUCUGAUGGGUGCGAUGAUCAUGGCCGGGCCCAACUGGUAUCCUGUAUAGAUGGUGGGGAUUGAGGGUGAGGGCCUCACAUUCCCCUGGGUCAGUCCUUUGAGUUCAAAACUAAAGCCAAGGAUUUAAGAGGAUAAGGAUUAUUAUCACACAGAGCCAUCAAUAUUUGCUGUGAUGAAUAAUACUUGAUCCCCCCUUAUGUCGAGAAACUAGAGUAGAGUAGUUGAGAAAAUUACAUUUCAGCCAACUUAUCAACCGAGACAGACUUGAGUAUUCAAAGGAUUUCAGAUACAAUGUAAGCAGGUCAGUCACAUACCUGUUGCUCUGGGUUACUGAUAUUCAAGAAGUGGACACAAAAGCAUGAACACCCUUGCAAUCUAAUUGAAUGAAGAUUAUAUAUUUAUUAUUAUUAUUAUUAUCAUGUUUGGUUCUUGUCGGUUCUAAAGUGUAGUUUUGAUUAGGUUUCACUGGAUUCAAUUAUAAACAAUUAGUUUAUUAGUUAUAUUACAUUAGAGACUAUAUUAUAGUAAUUUAGAUUAAAUUAGAUAAGAUUAAAUUACAUUAAAUAAGAAUUGACGGAUAGUUUGACUUUUUGCAGGUACAGGACAGUGCAGGUACAUUCUUUCAUAUCUCUCAGAAGCAAUUUUGUAAAAUAAGUAAGAAAAAAAACAUCAAAGUAAAUACAUACUACAUGCAAUAUGAAUUGUAAAAAUACAGACUAUGAACAAUUAUACUUAAAUGUAUUGCACCAAAGAGUGGACUGUUGAGAGACACACAGGUAAAGGAUGCAGUAUUUGUGGUUUUCAUUAAGGUGUUCAUGUUUUUGUACCCUCUUCCUGUAUAUUGUGUUUUAUAGGAUAGUUCAACAUUUUGGGACUUAGCCGAUGCUAUACUUACCUCAUGUCUGUAUUCUAAAUAUAUAAGUAUGCUAGUGCCAUCAGCCAGUUAGCUUAGCUUAGCACUAAGCAGCUCGACUGCCCAUAGCCAAGAAAUAGUUUGAAACAUCCCUGUAAAACCACAGCUUUUUACAACUUUGUACAGAUUUAACAAUCAAAUCUAUAAUAGCAGCUUUAGUCUACAGACAACUAGGUGGUAUCCAUUGUCACACAAAAGCACAUUUAAGUGUAUUUCUGAAAAAGUGGAACUAUUCCUUUAAACAAGAGCUAGUGUAUGUUAAACACCAGGAUACAGAUUUUAAUCCCCAGUGAGUUUGUAUAAAUAAAAACAAUCCAUCAUACAAUAAUUACCUGUCACAUAACAAGGACACAUUUAAAGCAGCAUUUCAGCAAAAAUAUAGCAAUAUCCCCACACAUAUGUCACUAUCAGUCAUUAAAACAGCAGGAUGAAAAACCAUGAAAAAGAUGGAACCAGACAUUAAUCUGACUGGAUUCCAUCUUUAUUACACUAAAGCUAGCGAAUAAACACCAUCCAGAUAAAGGUGAAAUGCCCCUUUAAUCUGUUGUCAAGCGUGCUGAAUGUUUGUGUUUGUGACAAUCAAGCCACUUUACCCCUCCAACACUUUGGCCCAAUGUGGCUGAUGUUGCAUGGCUGCUAUAAAGACACCAAAAACAUCCUGACACUAAACACCACCAAAACAUUACUUUAAACGACUUCAUAAACACAGUAUGGCAUACAGACUACACAUGGGUGGAUAUAUUGCAGAGAUUGUUAAGGAAGAAUCGAUAUAUUAUGAAAACUCUCCAAAUAAUCAUAUUUAGGAGUACUAAAACACAUCAUUUAUUUCAAUUGAAACACUCUCCAAUUGAGUAGAAUAUUAUGCAACAGCAAAACAAUUGCUUAUUUUUGUAAGAUAUCUAUACAAUCACUUUUGUAUCAAUUGUAUUUCAAUUACAGAUUUACCCAUUAAUGAAUUGCAUAUUUACAAUAUCAAACAAAAUACAUUACCAACUGUGCUGCUCACGUUAUGCUUUAAAUCUAUAUUCCUUUGAGAAACGUUGGCAUGAUUUUAAACUUCAGAAGCAGCCAAGAACGACUGAAUCUCGACAGAAAAAAAGCAUCUUUGUUACAGCUUAAAACAAAAAGAACUGGCAAGAUCUCCACUCAUGUAACACUGGUAGCCAAUAGGCUGUGUGAUGUAUCACAAAUUGUAAUGGUGAAUACGAAAUCAAUGUUCAGGUUAAAAUCACCUCACAGAAAUAUGAUGUUUUAUUGCAGUGCUCAUCAUAGAUUCUGAGAUACAGAUACACUGAAAAUGAAUGAGCGAAAGUAUCAAUUAGUUUUAUUUGUUUGCUCUUCAAAAACUGUGUCACCAUUUGCAUAAUUUAUUUUUUAUCUUGACGGUCCUCAUAGGCCUUUUCAAAAAUAUGGAUGAUUUCCUGAAUAUUUUAUACCUUUGAUCCAAAAUGCAUGAUACUUUUAGUGACUUCAUAAUAAUGAACAGUCUGUUGAUGAUAACUUGGACUACAUGUGCAGUGGUAUUGCUCUGCACAUGCAGUUAUAGCAUCCUUUGUAUGCAGAUCCUGAAUCCACCCACCUCCACCUCUUCCAGCAUGUUUGUUCUAGUCGUUUCUAUUUAUUUCAUGUUUCACGAGUGAUGGCAUAAUGUCAACCAUUGUGUGUGUCUGGUGCUGAGAAUUACAAAAACAGUCCUCAAAGCAUGAGCAAUAUGUACGGUCACGGUAAAAAGAGGACUCUCAUUCCUUUGUGUGCAGAAAGCAUGAAAACAACUGUGUUAUCAUUAGCAUUAUACCAACAUGGAGAGAACUUCUGAAUGUAAAAACAAGCAUCCAUGUUUUUUUCAGUUUACUGAUAGAAAAGCACACUAUUUACAACUGUAUAAAGCAAUAUAUGGCAAAGUAAUGUGUUUGUAAUAAUAAAGCACCGUGUUUAAAACAUACA